CCUGCAUCAGGUAAGAGUAAAUAUCAUGUGUGAACAACUGAGACCAUGAUCAUAUAAAAAUCACACAAGCCUCCUCCGGCGGUUUCAUCAAUUCCUAUCAACUUCUUCUCCUCUAGGCCAAGUACAGCGGUACACCAUGAGUCUAUUGAAGAUCCCCUUCGUCCUAGUUUCUGCUAUUGGGAUUCAUGUUUCGUUCACUUCCCCUUCUCCCCCACCGUCAUCUAAAGAGAAGGUGGUGCCCUCGUUAUUCGAAUUCAUCAUUGGAUGGUGUUUGAAACUUCGCGGUUUGGAGUUAAUGAAGAUCGGCGCGUGGGCGGUAUCGUCUGCUGAAGUGGCUAGCAUCCUGGUCAUGUAUAUAGCGCCCUCGCACGUUACAGAGGGCAUCAAUGGUGCUAGAGCUGUGCAGCUUUUGCGCGUUCUUCACCCUACACCGAUCACCCCCACAUUCCUUUUCGCCAGUAUUGCCAUCGCGAUUGGUGGCGCACUGAGGCUUUAUUGUAUGGCAAUGUUAGGAAAGCUUUGGAGCUUCCAGCUCAGCAUCAGAAAAGAGCAUAAACUUGUGACAAGCGGACCGUACUCGGUGGUGCGCCACCCGAGUUACACCGGUCUCCUUCUCCAAAGUGCUGGGAUCGCUGUCAUGUACGGAAGCCAAGGAUCGUGGAUAAGACAGUCUGGGAUUUUACCAGUGCCUUUCGUUGAAGUGUUAGUGACUGGCGCUUUAUUGUUUACCGCAUUCAGCGUUUGGACCUCCCUCAGCCGACCUGCAGUGGAGGACCAGAUGUUGCAGCGCGCUCUGGGAGAAGACUGGGAGAAUUGGGCAAAGCAAGUGAGGUACCGACUUGUUCCUGGGGUCUAUUGAUUACAUACAUUAUACCAGGCGCUGUGCGCGUAUCUGUUUGUUGGAAAACAACCGGUCGACACAGUACAUAGUUUUCUUUUUAUUCAACUUAGACACUCGUUUUACUACGCCAAACGGAUUUAACAUAUUAAACAAACUGUGAUUGUAAACGCACCAAGAAGAGAUAUACCUGCUUGUCCCACACUAAACCACUUCGACAACACGAGGACGGCUUGGGCGCUGAGUGAGUUCGAUUUCAUCGCUGGUCACUGGUGUGAGGUUGAGAGCGGUGAAUUGAGGACAUUCGGCUGAUGAGUGUCAUGAACUCAAAGGCGUUGUGGGAUGUAAUUCGGCUUCACUGUCAGUGUUGAGUUAAGAUCAGAAGGAAAGUGAGGAAAGGCG